UCUGCAUGUGCUUUCCUAGAAGGACUAUUAUCUUCAACCAAAACAAAGUUCAACUAAAUUUGGUUGAUUUUAGGUCUCACAUUUAGUAGUAAACUUGUUUUAUAAAUAAGAAAUACUUUCUUCAACCUGUGAUCUCAUAUCUCAUCAAAUCUGGUUAAAGUUUAUUCUGAUCUACCUCGAGAGAAAAAGAAGAAGAAGAAGAAGAAUGGGAGGAGGAGCGAGGGGUUCAAAGAACUCUAAUCCCAAGCAUCUUCCAUACAUUGAUUGGUCAGACUCCUACCAUCGAACCGUAGUGAUGUCAAGUUUGAUACAGGGAGUCUACUUAUUGCAACAGGAAAAGCAAGUGAACCCACUAACCAACCGCUGGUGGGAAUCCUUCGGUUUCUCUUUAGCCACGAUCUUGAUCAACCAAGAUGAUGGAUCCAUAUACGGCGCCGUUUUCGAGAAUAACAAAUACCAGAAUGAACAUUAUUCUGAAAUGCGUCCGCGUUCCGUCAUUGCCUUUCGCGGCACGCUUCUUAAAUCAGAAACUUGGUAUUCUGAUGUGAAAGAAGGCAUGCGAUGCUUUUUCAACAACCUUAAUAAAGGCAGUAGGUUUCAACAAGCCACACAAGCAGUCAAAAAUGUACUGGAGAAACACCCUACCGAGACAACAUCUGUCUGGUUAGCUGGACACUCUCUGGGAGCAGGUAUAGCGCUGAUGGUCGGGAGGACCUUGGCGAAAGAUAGAUUCCCCCUCAAAACCUUCGCAUUCAACCCGCCCAUCUUGCUUAGCUCUCUAGGCAUAAUACCUAAUAUUGAUGUGUUUAAAGGCAUGUUUCUCUUCGCUGAGAGUUGCAUCAAAGUGGCCGUGGUCGCUUAUCAACAGACUCAAGAAGACGAUCCAAGAUUAGCAGCGUGGACACCUUACUUAUAUGUGAACCCAUCAGAUGGAUUCUGUUCAGAAUGCAUUGAUAUUUUCAAAUACAAAACAUUCAUGGCAUGUAUCGGAUUAGGCAAAUUUGAGAGAAUCAGUGCUUCAAUCUCUCUUAGGUGUCUAACUUUCGGAAUAGAAAGCGGAGAACCUAUUCUACUUCUUUCGUCAGCCGAUAUGUUAGUAAACAUGAACAAAUCUGAUGUUGAGACAUCUAAUGUGCUUGAGAAGCCGUUGAAGAAGGCUCAUGGACUUGAGCAAUGGUGGGAGACAGCAAAUUGGAAAAUCUACAACCUUAGACCAUAAGCCUCGUAUGGACUAAAGUCAACAUCCUCCCACCCCUUUUCGAUAAUAUUGGUUUGUUAAAUGUCUUUUCCAUCUGUUCAGAUCAUCAUCCACGGGCUUGGGUACCCUUUUUUCUUUUGUCAUCAUUUGAAACAAAUUCUAUAAAUACUCUGUGAACUAAAAUGGGAUCUCUUUUUCUAUGUGAACGACAUAAGGCAGUUUGGAAACCUUCUAUCUACCUUAGUUAGGUUUCUUCUACCUUUCUAAUGCUGUUGUUCUCCAUAUGUGUGUGUGAAUGUAAAAGCUAUUUAACUUAUUUUGUUUUGUGGUCAACCUCUUUGAAUUAAUGCUACUAUACUGAGAAAUGUUUAAACU